CCCCGCCGCCACUCACAUCCAACAACCCACCACCCUCAUUCCCUCAAGUCCCAAGAUCGAACACCUCGUGUCCAUGGCGGCGGCGAAGCGGCGAGUGCGCGACGCGGAGGCGGACCUGAACCUCCCGCCGGGCUUCCGCUUCCACCCCACCGACGAGGAGCUGGUGGCGCACUACCUCUGCCCGCGCGCCGCGGGCCGCGCCGCCCCGGUCCCCAUCAUCGCCGAGCUCGACCUCUACCGCCACGACCCAUGGGACCUCCCCCACCGCGCCCUCUUCGGCCGCCGCGAGUGGUACUUCUUCACCCCGCGCGACCGCAAGUACCCCAACGGCUCCCGCCCCAACCGCGCCGCCGCCUCGGGCUACUGGAAGGCCACCGGCGCCGACAAGCCCGUGCUGCACAACGGCAGGACGGCCGGGAUCAAGAAGGCGCUCGUGUUCUACCACGGCAAGCCCCCCCGCGGCGUCAAGACGGAGUGGAUCAUGCACGAGUACCGCCUCGCCAAGAAGGGCGGCGCCGCCGCCGCCGCGGGCGCGGGCGCGCUCAGGCUGGAUGACUGGGUGCUGUGCCGGCUGUACAACAAGAAGAACGAGUGGGAGAAGAUGCAGAGCAGGAAGGAGGAGGAGGAGGCCAUGGCGGCGGCGCAGUCGUGGGGGGAGACGCGGACGCCGGAGUCGGAGGUCGUCGACAGCGACGCGUUCCCGGAGAUGGACUACUCGCUGCCGGCGGCGUCGUUCGACGACGCCCUGCUGCCCAAGGAGGAGGCGCGCGACGACGACUGGCUCAUGGGGAUGAGCCUCGACGACCUCCAGGGCCUCGGCUCGCUGCUGCAGGCCGACGACCUCUCCAUGCUCGCGCCGCCGCCGGCGGCGAAGACGGAGCCGCUCGGCGCGCCAUUCUUCUGAGCUCUCUCUCUCUCUCUCUCUCUCUCUCUCUCUGUGACUGCACCACUGUAUAUAAAUUCAGAGUUUUCAGACAUGUUCAGUAUUCAGAGUUCUCAGGCAAGUUCAGAAUUCAGAGAUGGUUAAGGAUUAGUGGCUUAUGAGCAGUAUGAUAUGCAGGUUAGUUUCUAGUUUAGCAGUGUUACUCCAGAUUGGAGAUUUGAUUAAUGAUUUGAUUCUAAUUAAUGUAGUAUACUGAGUGUUACUCAUCAUCACAGAUUCAUCAGAGCUGUGUCAAGUGACAAUUCUUUUUUUUUUUAUUUCCUGGAUCAAGUUCACCAUGUUGUGCUCAAGAUUUGUGGAUAAAUGCACAUCCAUCCUUGAAUUGGCAUUGCU